AUGGCGAAAAGUGGCAAACCUCCAGAGCAAGCGGAGUGGCAGCAUGAUUGCCAGCAUCAAGGCGAGGGCGUGCCCAUCAAGCUUAAGCCACAUGGUCAAGUGGAGACACGCCCGGAGCACAUUUGUGCCAAGAAGCACCACAUUGGCCACGAAGAGCUUUGCUCUCUCACGAGGGCCAUUGCCGACCUCUUUGGUGGGGAAACCGAUCCAGCAAAGAUAUGCCGAAGCCAAGGCAAGGAGAAACUUUGUUUCGAUUUGGUUCACCCAGACACCAACAAACGCUACCAUGUGGAGCUGGAUGGGGACGGUGUCAUCAACGCCUGGGUGCCCACCAAACAGUGUACCAAGACGGGGUGGCAACCCGACCACUUGAAUUACGCAGCACACAACAAGGGCUCCAACCGCUUUCAUUACGUCAAUGGCAAGAUGAAGGGCAAGUUUGCCAAGGGUACCCUGCACUUGGCGAAGGGCCUUGUGACCGGGGAUCGAGCCGGAACGCGGUCAGAAUGGCAGACUGUCAACGGAUCACCAAGAGCAAGUCCCUUCCCUACGAGCCAGGAUGUGGCCGGGCAGGACUCUUCAUCAGGGCUGGCGGCCCUGGAUCUGAUGACAACGGUGCCUUCGAAGCACGUGCUGGAACCCCGGGAUGCAGGUGUGGCCAAGCAGGGGUCGUCAUUGGGGCUGAAGGCCUUGGGUUUGACGACUGUGGUGCUGUCGAAGGACACGGUGGAGGCCUCGGAUGCACUGUGCUUCACCUAUCAUAAGAGGACGACAUCCUACAAGCCAGGCUGGAUUGGUGGCACAGGUAGCGAGCAUAUCCAAAUACCUUUCCUCCAGUUCAAGCGUGAAGGUUCGGCGAAGGUGAACCAGAAGGGCGGAAUUGAACUGGGCCAAGAUGCUGUGGUGACGGAGGUAUCGCUCAGUGAUGUGACGAGAGGGUCUAUCAAGAGCACCGCCAACUACCUCUUCGCCAAGAACAACCACAACUUGGACGCAAGCUACGCGGAAAUCGUCGAUGGGAUCCAGCAGAUUGGGAAGGGCGUUGUCGCUGAUGAGCUGGCGCAUGGGUUCUUUGAUGCCAUGAGGCGACGCGGCUAUCCAGCGAAGGAAGCUGAUAUGGCUUAUCGCUUUGUGGUGAAACCUCUGUACCGGGCAUUGAAGGAGAAAGGUUGGCAAGGUGCCGUGAGCCCCCAUGAAGUGGGUGACCUCCUCACAGGGCUGAAGGACACGGCUAUCCGGGAUCCAAAAGCAUUCGCCCUUGAUGCGGUGAACACCGCAGCGCCGCUGCUUGGUAGCGACCUCCGGCUGCAGUGGGAUGAGAGCUACAAGGGCAUCAACAUGUUCGGGUAUGGAGCAGGCAUCGGUACACAGGUGGACACGGGCAGUGACAGGACCGUGGUGGACACGGGGCUGCACGCCAGCAAGAGGUUGCGAUCGACCCUCAACACCGUGGGUGUCAGCGGCUGUCUUGGCAAAUCUGUGGAGACGAUCGAUCGAAGUCUCGAUGAUGGCACGGGGCGCUUGACAUGCACCUCGGAGACUCUCGGAGUGCGUGCGAAGUGCGACAUCCUGGGUGUGGACGUCGCCGAGAUUCGGGCUGGCUACGUGCGACUGGCAUCCAGACACGACGAUCCUCAUUCAUUGGUCUUGAAGCUGAGGGGAAGGCAAGGUUGCCUGGAGCGGGCCUCGAGCUUUUCAAAGACGACAGUGGAUGGUUUGCACGGGUGGGCCAAGGUGGAUGGCAAAGUGGGCAUCUCCGCUGUAAGCGGUCAUAUUGUUAAGGAAGCUUCUGAGCUUAGUCGCAUGAAGGCCAAUGGAAUGACAGGCACAGCACGACAUCGCCGAACAGUGCAAGGAUAUGGCUUCGAGGUAACGGCAUCAUCUUUGGGAGGACGCACUGCUCGUUCAUCUGCAAUUGUCGGCACCAGUCGUUCUGAGAGGCUGGAGGAGCUACAUGGCCGUUUUCGAUCUGUCACGAACUUCGAAAGGGAGAUCCUCAAGGGGGCCCAUGUCGAGCUUAAUGUCGACAGUGUUCCUUGGCUCUGUCUCGAAGUUGGGCAGUAUGUCAAGCAGUCCGUUCACAAGGAUUUCUCCCUGUUGCAGGGCUAUUCCAAGCAGGAGUCGUCAUCGGGGCUGAAGGCCUUGGGUCUGACGACAGUGGUGCUGUCGAAGGACACGGUGGAAGCCUCGGAUGCACUGUGCUUCACCUAUCAUAAGAGGACAACAUCCUACAAGCGAGGCUGGAUUGGUGGCGCAGGUAGCGAGCAUAUCCAAAUACCUUUCCUCCAGUUCAAGCGUGAAGGUUCGGCGAAGGUGAACCAGAAGGGCGGAAUUGAACUGGGCCAAGAUGCUGUGGUGACGGAGGUAUCGCUCAGUGAUGUGACGAGAGGGUCUAUCAAGAGCACCGCCAACUACCUCUUCGCCAAGAACAACCACAACUUGGACGCAAGCUACGCGGAAAUCGUCGAUGGGAUCCAGCAGAUUGGGAAGGGCGUUGUCGCUGAUGAGCUGGCACAUGGGUUCUUUGAUGCCAUGAGCCGACGCGGCUAUCCAGCGAAGGAAGCUGAUAUGGCUUAUCGCUUUGUGGUGAAACCUCUGUACCGGGCAUUGAAGGACAAAGGUUGGCAAGGUGCCGUGAGCCUCCAUGAAGUGGGUGACCUCCUCACAGGGCUGAAGGACACGGCUAUCCGGGAUCCAAAAGCAUUCGCCCUUGAUGCGGUGAACACCGCAGCGCCGCUGCUUGGUAGCGACCUCCGGCUGCAGUGGGAUGAGAGCUACAAGGGCAUCAACAUGUUCGGAUAUGGAGCAGGCAUCGGUACACAGGUGGACACGGGCAGUGACAGGACCGUGGUGGACACGGGGCUGCACGCCAGCAAGAGGUUGCGAUCGACCCUCAACACCGUGGGUGUCAGCGGCUGUCUUGGCAAAUCUGUGGAGACGAUCGAUCGAAGUCUCGAUGAUGGCACGGGGCGCUUGACAUGCACCUCGGAGACUCUCGGAGUGCGUGCGAAGGGCGACAUCCUGGGUGUGGACGUCGCCGAGAUUCGAGCUGGCUAUGUGCAGUCGGAGCAGAGUGUCCAAGAACAGGCAACUAUCGCGGGCUUGCCUGGUGUCAAGGAGACCCAAACAAGUUUUUCUGGCCUCGGUGCUGAAGGAAGACUUGGGCCUGGGCCAAGCAAUGCGAGGGCUAACGUGAGGUUUGGAUGGACACAGGAAAGCACCGUGGCAACGUCCACCGAUGGGAGAGCUGAGUAUCUCAAGGAUGUCAGCUCUUUCGGUGCCGCUGGAGGUUUGCACGUGCAGGAUGUGCCGGUGCUUCAAGCUGGGGCAGGUUACAGAUCUUCGAGCGAGAUGCUGACAAGCCAAAACGGACGCCUGGUCAAUGUGAAAGAAUCGAGUGGACUUUUCUUGGAGGGGGAGGUUCACGGCGUGGCCGGCUUUUCAAGCAAUUUUGGGAAGACAAUGGAGGAGAAUCGCAAACUCAGGCAGGAGAUCGGGUCAAAGAAGACCUUCGACUUCGAAAGGCAGACGUUGCAAGGCCACAAGCUGCAAGCAAGCGUUCUCGGCUGCACUGGCGACUUCUCAACUGGCCGAAAGGAGAUUCGGAAAGGCUCACAGACUCACGAGUUUCAAGGCGGCAGCUUGGGUGGUGUCGACUGCAAGGGCGAGCAAUGCACGGUGUCGGCGGAGCACCUUUGGUUGGGCUUCAGUGACUCUGCGACAGAGGUCAGCCAGGAUCGAAGCCAAGUGACAGGGAUUUUCUCUGGCGAUAAGCAGGUACUGACGCAAACUGCUCAGCAGAGCGUGUCCACUGAGACCGGACAGGUGCAGUGGGGGUCCGAGAAGCGAAUCACAGAAAGCUUUUUGAUGUCCUCUGAGGUGACGGGAUGUGACGGUAGCAUCACUGAUCAUGGGAUGACUUUCCAGAAUGAGGCUUCCACAACACAUGCGCUGGAUGCCGGACGAUCGAGGCUGGAAAUCUCCGGUGCACAAGCCGCCAAGCUAAAGGAGGCGCUUCCCAGUAGAUCCUCCCGGAAUCUUCUCGUGACAUCCUCUUCCCAGGACUCCACAGCCGCAGACGUCCAAGCAGCCUUUCAGAGGGCAGGUGUCAGCAAUCGGAGCGUCAAGAACUUCGCUGACAGCCUUGCAAAGAGAGUGAAAGAAGCUGCCAUCCACGCUCCCACAGGAAACCUGCUGAAGGACGCUUUACAUGAGAUUGGGGACACAAAUCCUGCAAAACUGCUGCUCAAGGACAAUCAGAAAGCCUUGAUGGAGAAGGGGUUUGGAGUCUCGGACAAGCGCUCCCAGAUUGCUAUCGAACGAGGGCACGAAGCCAAGUACCAAGUCUUGGCCACCAGGGGCGCAGAGGAGAUUGGCCACGGUAAGAUCUCGUCUUCGGAGUCCUCUGGCACAACCUCUCGAACAAGGGAUGUGAUGGGCUCUCACCAACAUGUGAUGCUCGACGAGUAUGGUAUCGCAGAGAUGUCCACGUGCUAUGGCCGAGCUCGCGAAGUUGUGGUUACAAACCAUGAGCAUCCUCAGCAAGCUGGUUUCUGGUCCUCUUCCAGGGAGCAGAUGACUUGUACGACAGAGGAGCAAAUAGAUGGCGUCAUUCGGUCCAUCAGCGUUGCAGGUAAAGCGAAGUCAGACACUAGCUCAGGCGCACUUCUGCAACACUUCACCGCACAGGGCGACAGUUACCAGCGUUCAUGGGGAGUCUUCACAAAGGAGAAGACGGUAAAUGUCGUGGAGCAGCGUUCCGGUAUCGUUCAAGAUGGAAAGAGGUCGCCGCUGAAGCUGGAUUCCCAACAAGGCUUGCAAGAGGAGUACGAUGCUUGCCUGGUCGAUUACCGUCGCAAGACAGCGCGGCUUGACAAUGGUGCCGUCACUGUCAGUGAUGAGGGCCUUUUCCUCCGAACCGAGCGAAGUGGCAAGGGAUCCUACGAUGCAAGCAAGAAAGAGAUCACACUUGACGAGACGAGCGCUACGAAAACAAGCCUUUCGUCGCACUCCUGUCAAGGCAUUGCUGGAGGUGUGGGAGGCGCCUUUCGACAUUACUUGAACGGGGGUGAGUUGGACAGGGACUGUGCCAAAGCCGCCGCGAAGGGUGCUGUGUUCUCAUGGGGCAUGUCUGUUGUCACUCAGACGUGUGAGCGUCGGGUGGCUGGGAGUGGAUCAGCUGCUUUUGCUGUCAUCAACGCAGCGCAGCAGUCACUGGCAGCAUUGCGUGACCCCACCAAGACGAAGAAAGCUAAAGCCACAGAAAUCGCGGGCGAGACUUGUAAAGCUAUAGUCGUGUGGGGGGCACUCCGGGUAGCCUCCAAGAGGAUGAUGGUCUCCGCCGCCAGUGUCAUCGUGCCCAUAGUCGAGAUUGGCGCAGAAGCGGUUCGCAGCAUUCGUCUAUACAUGCAAGGCGAGAUCACCUGGAAUCGUUUGAUGUGCAACUUAGGGAACGCUGCAGUUGCUGGUGCUGGCACCGGUUUCGGUGGCUAUUGUGGUUACUCUGUACUUGGUGCAAUGCUUGGACCGCUGGGUGCUGCGGUCGUGGCCGUUGGUGGCGCCGUCGGAACCGUGGUUGGCGGUGUUCUCGGUGAGUGGCUUGCUUCUCGCCCAACACUCAAGGACUUCAUUCGAUAUCUUGCGGAGGCGACGGAUGAUGAGAAGCUGGAGCGAGCUUAUGCUUUCCUAGGCAAGGAGUCUGGGUUAGAGCCCCUUCGACCGAAGCAAGGCAACUAUGACCACAUCACAGACAUGGAGAUCAAUCAGUACUACAGAGCAGCCAGCAAGAAGCUUCAUCCCGACAAGCAUGCCGGACCUGACAAAGAAGAAUAUCAAGCCAAGUUUCAACAGCUGCAGGUCUACCUUGAUAUCAUCAGGACUGACAAAGAGAAGCGGCGCAAGGACAAGACGUUUGAAGAGCAUGGACUCGGACAGGCUGACAUCGCCAGAGCCCUGGAGAUGGCUGAGGUCGAUGCCCGCAAAUUUGCCGCCAAAGCGCCAUGUGAAAAGCUGGUUGUUCUGGUUGCAUUCCUGGCGGAGUUCCACAAUGAUGCACAGCUGGAGGAGCUUGUCAAGCAAGAGGAUGAAGCGCAUGCCUUGUUGAAGGAGAAAGCCCAUGUGCUACUUGGUCUUGAGCCUUGCCCGACUGUCGCCAAGAUCGACACUGCGAGGCGCUUGUGCCUGUUCUGGACCUACGGUCGCAAGGACACGGACGGAUCCCUUGCGGUGACAGGUGCGGUGGAGUUCUUGCAGGACGAAACAGCCCGCGUUUCUAAGGGCACGCAGGAGCGUCAGCUGGAUGUGUGCAGACAGACCGCUCGCGUGAGAAACUUCGGCGCCGAUGGCGUGAAGAGCGUGGAGGACCCGAAGCCUGAAUUGGUGGAAUGCUUCUGGCGCUGUUGCAAAGGAGUUAGGGACAGGCAGCAGCAGAUUGAGAAGCUUCACCACCAGAUAGGCUAUUUCCGCAAAGUUGAGAACGGCUUCAUCGACCAAGCCGAAGUCAUGGGAAAGCUGGGUGAUGCAGUAGCUGCGUUGCGCACGUCUGCCCCUGUCACGGGAGAGUGGGACGUGCACAAGCUUCGCAGCACACUGGACAAGAUCGAGCAGCAUAUAUCGCCAAGCGUCAGAACUCACCCGGACAGAGAUGCAGUGGACAAGUUAGAAACCGCUGCCUGGAUCAUUAACCUUGCUGCUAUGAUCGAUCCCACAGAGACGCAUAGGUGCUUGAGGGAGCAGCUGCUGUCGCCUCUCUAUGCAAUCGUCAGCAGUCACUCUCCCACAUGCGGGGUGCAUAAGGAGGCAGCUACUGCUUGCGACGCCUUUGCUGCAGCUGUCGUUGGGAAUGGUGGCAGCUGGUAUUCUGAGCUGGAGCAUGCACUGCGUCGCGAGGAAGUUCUCAGUGAAGAUGUGGAGAAAGAGUACGUCAGCGUGGCUGAGCCCUGGCUUCUCAUGGAUGUUGCACAAUUGGCUCGGGUUGCCUCUGAGCUCCUGAACGUGGAGUUGCCAGCGAAUGAGGCUGUUCCGCAGAUGCAGAAACAAUAUCAGAUCAUGCAGCUUCUUCGUUUCGAAGAUUCUCAAGAGGCCGUCGUCCUGGCAGGGAUGGCAUGCCAGGUGGUUGAAACGUGUGCAGAGCUUCUGACACCCAAAGCCGCAACGACUGCAGCCUCGGAAAGCUUGAUCCAGCAGUCACAACCGGAGGACGUCAAGCAGCCAGAUCCUGCUGCAAGGUUUGUUGAUGAGGAUGGUGAUGAGGCCGACGAGUUCUUUAUCAUUGACGGGCCUUCAGGACACGCCCAUGGCCCGUCGAAGCCUCUGCAGUGUGGCGCCGCGAUUCACCGCUUCUCUAAACUCCAGUUGCAGCUCUCCAGCUGUGCCAAGCUUUUGCGGAAGAUUGACUGCUCCAGCAUUCAAAAGCCCUUGCUACCGAGGCUCUCGAUGGAUGCUCUGCAAGGCAGAGUGGAACAGUUUCUGACCAAGUUUGGCCAUGAAGUCUGCAUGCGGCUUGUGGGCAGCACCUGGCGUGAGAAUGACUUCGUAGGCUUGUUGAAGGAUGUUCAGUGCUCUCUGGAGCUUCCUGAAGGAGUCCCGGCAGCGAAGCCUCCAGCUUCCGGCCUGGCAGGUCUUUCAGGCGAUCUGCGCACACUCGGAAUCUUGGGCAUCCUAAGACCCGAAGAGCUGGUUGAGCUUCUGAAGAAGUUCGUAUUCACUCCCAUCCUUGUCACCGCUGCUUCUGCCUCGAAGAAGUCUCCGUCUGGGGCCAAAUCCAUGGAGAGACUCACCAAGGCAUGCGACGAAGUCUGCGUGCGGCUGUGCAAAGGACUUUCCGCAGUUGACUCAAAGGUUGACUUCAACACGACAUACGCUGGUGAAGCAAGUCAGUCCGACAACAGCGGUGCAGCUGUGAAAGUGGCACACGGAUAUGCAACAUGGCUCAUCCAAGCAGCAGCAUAUGCUGUGCGUGCCGUAGAGUCACCACCGACGGCACCAGUCCUUUGGCAAGAAGUUCGCUCAGAUUUGCCAUCUGAAGUUCUCGCCCAAGUUGACAAGGAGUUACUCGUGACUCUUUGUUUGCACGAGGAUCUGUGCAUGUCAAUUUGCGCUGCCAGCGACGUAUCCAAGCUGCGAAGGCUGUAUCUCCAGUCAUUGGACUGCAUUCAUGGGUCGGAGGAUGCUGCCGUUGGGUUCUUGGACGUGCUCUGUGGUGAGGAUAUUGUGCCGGCCUGGCUGGGUUUGCACGGCCUGAGUGGUGAGGGGUGUUUGCCAACGAUAUCUAGGCCGUGGCUUCAGAGCAACUUGCAGGAGGGACUGCAAGACCUGCUUGAGCAGCUGACUCCGCAUCUGGAAGCAGCAAUGGCAUCUUCUGUAGAGCAAGCACAGUAUGAGGGAUGGACCGAUCUGGCUUCGGGCCUGUUCCACGCGCUUGAGUGCCGAGUACGAUGCAGACUGCCAGACGAACGUCAUUCAGAUUGGCAGCCUUCAGGAGAGAGUCUAGAGCGACUGGCGACUGCUUCCCUCCUAUGCGAUGCCGAAGAGUUUGUAUCAUCGUUGCGCCGCUUCUUAGUGACCCCUUUGCAUCUCCGCUUGUCUGCAGUUGUCCCAGUCACCGCGCAGCACCAUCUUGCAAAGAAAUGCGACGUCUUGGUCAGUUCCGUCAGUGGCAAGCCCAGCGUCUUCUACGGCAAAGUCAUCGCCACCUUUGCCGACCCCUCGCGAACUGAAGAGACUGAAGAGUGCGAUUCUGCUUGGAUGCAGGAGUACGAAGCAUGCGUUGAGAAGGAACUUCACGGCCAUGUUUUUGAUCCGGACGAUUUGCGACGCAAGCUCUUUGGUGACCUGUUCGGGGAGAGCCUUCGGACGGCAGCCCAGUGUGCAAACUUCUUGACGCAUCCGUACGCGCCCUCCAACUGUCCAUCUUUAAUGACAAUCCAUGACAGCCUCGAUGCGCCGUCAGAUGCAGAGCUCCAAGAGCGAGUACGCCUGGUCAGCAUCCUGGACAUAUGUUUUCGGGUCUUCCACUGGUUUGACGGAGGCCUGCAAUCUUCGCCACUACAGGCUUUGUCGGACCUGAUGCGCGUGGGAGCUUGGUGUCGACAACGCUCCACGACAGAGAAUCUGCUGCGAGACGCAGACAACCUCCGCUGUCAAAUGGGGCAGAUGGCGAAGGAGUUUUUGGCCCAAACGAGCCAGCUCGCAUUGCGUGCUUGCGGCGAACAAUUGCCAAGAAUGGUGCAUCCUGUCAUUUCAUUCCUGCGCAGCAACCUCAGGCGUGUCACUGACGAAGCCGCUUGGAGGGACAGCCCAGGACUUUGGGCUCUGGCCUGCCUGCGGAAUACAGAUGAGCAGCUGCACGACCAACUCGUCUGUGACGAGUUGCUGAUCCCGGUUCAUCUCUUUAUGAAGAGCCUCUGGGGUGAGAUGAACAAGCCUGCAUUUGUGAAAGUGUCCUGCAACUUUGACGAGCUCCUUGCAGAGUUCUUCGGUGACCGUUCUUUGCACCGUUUCCUAUACGUCGCAAAACAGGCCGCGGGUGCCAUCGCUCCGUGCCACCGUCAGAGCCAUGGUGAUGACUGGCUGGAGAGAUAUGCAUCGGUAAGCGAGAAGCAUGCAUCAAAGAUGUCGCAUGCUUUGACGAUGGCUGCGCACGCCAUUCUAGGACUCGAGGGGAGCCAAGACGCUUCUCGGACUUCUAGGGCCAUGCUCGCGGUCUGUUCUGCUGGAUCGGAUGCUCAACGUCGUGUGGGAUGGCUUGCAGGGUGGUGGUUGCUGAUGCAGCAUGUACCAGGUUCUCGAUUCUUCCCGAUUGCGGCAUACAGUGAGAUUCUGCUGGCAGACCCUGCCAGCAUCGAGCGUAGCUUAGAAAGUCAAGGAAAUCUACACGCAGUAGCCUGGCGAUUCUUCCUGGACCUCCUGGUCUAUCGCCUAAUGAACUGCAGAGUCUAUGCAGUUUCGAUUUGCAAGGCUUUGGCGCAAGAGUUGCAAGCGUUGACGCGUGAUGCUUCCACAGGUCUUUUCCGUGUGCUUCGGUUUCUAUGCUACUACUUGGUUCUUGCCGUCUGCGGCUUGUUCCUGUGCUACUACGCGGCCCUUGCCGUUUGCUGCUUGUUUUCUUUGUUGAUGUUUAUGGAAGCAUGUUGGCGCGCCAAACAAUUCAGACAAUCACGGCUCAGCCAAUGA